AUUUGAUUUUUAAUUUCAUUGUUUAAAUAUUCUUGCAAAUAUUCUGCUUAUCCUCUUUUGUACAAAAAAACCAGGGUUUUAUAGGGGACGAAGAUAGAGCUUGGUCACCAGUGGUUUAGAAGCUAUUUCUGUCUUUUGCUUAUGUUUACCUUUUGUGGAUAUUAAAAUAACUUUUAAAAAGUUUUGCUAUAGUAGAACAGAACAGAAAUGGAAAAUUUCUGUCAUCGGAAACUUGCUUCGUCCUUUUUGUUAGGAUUGUUGGCUAUUUUAUUUUUGUUUUUAAUGGCACAGCAGGACAAGUAGAACACACAGAUCAUUUCUGCAAAAUAAGACACGUCCACAAAUUUCAGUUAGAUAACUCUUCUAUUACCUCUCACUGAUUUUUACAAAAACUUCCAUCUAUUCCUACUUUACAUGAAUGAUUUCACAACUUUGCUCAUGAAGAACAGAAUAAAUUGUUCAAUAAUAUGCUGCUGCUGAUUUGUUCCCUAAAUCAGUCUUGAUAUAUGCCUAAUUGUUGUGUUUGGGUCUGUGGGUGCACUUGUGCUAUAGAUUAUUUCACAUGGUACAUGGGUCAUAGCAAAAUUCAAAACACUGAAGAUACUGUACUAAGAAUGGUGACCUUUUAAAUAACUUAACAAUGCUGUGGAUAAAAUUAUGGUAUCUAUAUUGCAAGAGUGGGGAAACUUUGACUUACAACUCUCAGCUGCCUCUGCUAGGAGAGCAUACUAUAUACCAUAAAUAUAUAGAUUCAUUCCUUGAAGAUAUAUUGUAACAGAUGAAAUGGCAUACUAGUACCAAAUACCAUAUAACACCAGUUAUUUUUAUACCAGUCAAAACUUUGCCUUCUGUAUGGAAAUUUACAAUAUUAUUUAGAUUUACCCGGAAGGAAAUCACACUGAACUUGGUGUGAUUUAUUUCUGAGUAAACAUGCCUGCAUAUAGUAGGAUUGAAAAUAUAAUAACAGUAGAAGCAGAAUAUAGAAGAAAUUAGCCAAUCAAAAGUAUUUAUCAAAUUAAAAAAAACAGUCUGUACAUAUCAGUUCUUUAGAUUUUCUUUGUAUCAUGUUUACAAAUGUGACUUUAUUGCUCCAUAGACGAAUGGAGAACAAGUUUAGGAAUUAUUUAUUUAGGUGAUUUCCUUGAGAAUGUUACAAAAUAAUCCUGUCAGGAUGUUUUUAAGUUGUUCACAUACUUGCAAAUAUACAUUUGCAAAUGUAUAAUUUACAUGUAUAUUGAUAUUAGAGCUUACUUGUGAAACUUGUAACUAUUGUUCUAUGUUCCAACCAGUUGGACAUUCCCUAUACCGUAAUCCAGCAUUUUUCAUACCAGUUUUCUUCCAGUUUUCACUUCUCUUUUUUCUUCUCUUUUCAUGUAAAAUCAGUGUUCUAUGGCCACUAAUAAUAAUUAGUCCUCAUUGACCAUUUUUUUACUAUCUCUCCACAAUGUCAAAAGGAAUGUCCAGUUGAAUAGCCUGGUUCCUACAGAAUAUAGUGGAAAUGGUGGAGUCGUUUGUAGGUUUCCCUCUCAAGUCUUGAAACGUAUCUUGGGUUUUGUAAUGCCACACAGUAACUUGUGGGUAUAAUGUUAAUUGAAGUUUGCAAUAGAAUGGGAAACGGUUUUAUAUAUUUUCUUAGUUUGCUGCCUCUCUAUUUUCUUUUCAAAUACCUUCAAGUUGUAAUAGGCUGGUACAGCAUUGUUCCUUGUUUUCUAAAAAUGUUUGUGUCACUUUAUAAAAAAUAGAUACCAUGUCAGGGCAAAGAAGAUAUUUUUAAACUGCAAGGUUAGCUAGGGAAAUAAGCUACUAGUAAAGGGAAAUGUGGGUUACCUUCUCUCAUUGGAAUACUGUAACCAGGUCCAACUGAUGUUUCUGACAGUAAGUUAAACUUCGAAGGAUACUGUUUUUGGAAAUAUUUCCUGGAUUUGAAACUGUUAUGCUAAAACAGUUUCUUUUAUGGCUUAUGCUGCCUCAGAGUGGUCAAAGUAUUCAAAAGCAUAGUUUAAGUAGAAAAGGUAUGACUUCUUUCCUUUCUUACAUUUUCUUUUGCUAAAUUAAAAUUUGAAACAUUGGGAUGUACAUUUUGAGCUUCAUAGUCUUUUUGGAUGUUAGAUACUCCAGGCACUGCAGAAAUGACAGUAAAAUUAAUGCGUCCUACCUAAAUUGCUCUUGCAAUUUUAGUCAAAUUAGAACUGCCCUGAGCCUUCUAAAAUAAGUUCCUGAGAAGUUAUUACAAAAAUAUAAUUUAUUUCUGAGUAAAUUAGCUUAGGUUUGUACUGAAAGUCUGGUGUGAUAAAAAAGAAAUCGUUAUAAUGGAUGUAAAAUUCAACAGGAUACAGAAAAUGCAUUAUUUCGGCUAAAUACAAUAUGGUAUAUUCCUAAUUAUUCUGGAGCUUUAGCGCAUAUACUGAUCAUAUAACGUAAGCCACAUGGCAUUUAUCAUGGGAUAAGUAUAUUCUGUGCUAGUUCAUCUGCUCACUUGUGGGGAAUGCUUAUAUAUUAUUAAAACAUUCUGUCACAUUUUGGAACUAUGCAACAUUGCAUUCUUCAUUAAAGUUGAAAGGCUCUUUUCUUGCUAAGUAUUUGCCACGGGCAUGUGAUAAACAUUAUGGUUGGGUCAGGAAGACUUUUUAACAAACCACUGUAUGUAUUUGGCAGUUAUAGGAUACUUGGUAAACUUGUCCAGUAUGAAGUGGCAGUCAUAGCACAUGAAAGAUAGACAAUUUGGAUGGAAUUUAUAUCUGAUUACAAAACACUGUGGAAAAUAGUUGUGUGAAUAUUUCUUGCAGAUAAUUUCACAAAGUUCUCAGAUUUUCCUCCUCUCUCCCAAGCAAACUUGUAAAUUUUAAAGGUAGCCAUGGUUCUUCUUAGCAUCUCAAUUCUCUUUUGUCUACUAAAAUCUACUUGUAAUAUCAGGUGAGCUUUAAUUAGCCUAUUUAACAGAAACAAUAUUCUUUUCCAUGAAAGAAGCAAACGUCAUUUAAUCAAGACGAAUAACAGUUGCUAAUCUUGUAAAAUUCUCAGUGUGGAAAAUCCAGAAUACCUUGCUGAUUUUAUUUAUUUAUUUAUUCGUAUUUAAUCCAUUAGGUCUCUUGAGUCAUUGCCCUGUGGUAAAUACCAGUUCUAUCCCUAGAACUGCUUUUUGUAUCAGAAUAUUUGGUAUUUGUUUGCUUUAUUUCUUGCCAAAGAUGACUUAAUUCCUCCAAGAAUGAACAAAGCCUCCAAAUACCUGUUCAUUUAAGUGCAAAGAUUACACAAAAUAUGGUACAGGUUGCACGUGAAUCUUCAUUCCCCACCAAAUUAGAGGACUGCUGUUUUACAAACAAAAUAUCUUCUGUUUUGUCUGUGUGUGUAAAAGUGGAAGGCAUUAUUUUGAGGAGAGGAAGCUCAUCAAGCUGGAAAUUAAUGUACAGUCGAUCAUGUUUCUUGUUUUUAGUAGUGUGGGUACGUCACAUUGAUUUCCUUUUACCAUUUAUGCUUUGUGGGAUAUUGAACCCAAGGAACAUGACUGAACGAAAGAGGAAACCCAAGUUCUCCAGGGAAGAACUGGACAUUCUGGUCACUGAAGUGACUCGGAACGAAGCCAGGCUGUUUGGAAGGGAGACAAUACGUCUAUCCCAUGCAGACAGGGACAAGAUCUGGGAAGUUAUAGCCAGAAAAAUCACAUCAGUGAGCCAUGUCCCCAGGUCUGUAAAAGAUAUUAAGCACAGAUGGGACGACAUGAAAAGAAGGACCAAAGACAAACUGGCGUUCAUGCGGAGGUCCAUCUCCAGUCCUAGCAGCCCGGGGAGGCCCUCGGCCAUUGUCCUGACCGCCCACGAGAGAGCCAUCGAGUCGACGCUGCAUUCGUCAUGCCAGAUGCACGGCUUCCGGAGAGCGGAUCUGGACGUGGUUGACAGCCCAUCAACCAGUUCUGAUGAAGGAGAAGAAGUGGCAGGCCCCUCACAGCAGCAUCACUUUUCAUCACAGAGGGGUUCUGAAGAAACUGAUCAUCUCUCCGUGCCAUCUUUCCUCCAUUCUUCAUCUUUGUCAGAUCAUUCAAAUAUUCUAAGCCAAAGGGAAGAAAUAAUGCACCCAAACUCUUGUCCUGAAUCUUCCACUGGGCCCCCUCAAUCUCAUGUCCAAAAUCCACCCAUUUCUGGCUUUGACCAUCAGCUCUUUGAUUCCCACAUUCAACAGACUGAAUUAUUCAGACACUUCUGUCAAGAGCUGGUGACGAUCCAUAGAGAUGUGGCAAACAAUAUGCAUGCAAUUAGCCAGAGGAUGUCUGACCUGAGUGGACAAAUCACCCAAAUGUGCCAGACUUUAAUUAAAAUCAAAGAUGAGCUUCAAACUUUGAACAAAGGUCAGGUCUCUAAUGCUAGCCAGGGGAGAGACCUGCAGAGAAUUGGAUCAAAGAGCCCCUUUGAAGCAAAAGCAGAUAUUAGCCAAAAUCAGCCCAAAGAGACUCCUGUUACUCGGAUUACUAGGUCACGGAAGAGAAAACACUAUUUCUAGCUUUCCUAAGUAUUAUAUAAAAUUAAGCUGAUGUUGGCUUAGCCAGUGUUUCUUAGCAUAAACAUUGGGGAAAGUUAAUGAAAAUUUUCCCUUUAGAGGAAUAUAAAUUAUGGCAACUUACCAGUAAGCUUUGCUUGAUGUAUUGGAAACAGUAUCUGUCUUGUAAAACAAUGCAAUAGAAAGUAUGUAACCCUCUUGAAUAAAAAGACAUAGUAUAAGGUCAUAAAGAUCUUCAUGAUCUACAAAGCCAAGAUUCAUAUAGAUUUGAUCUUGACAACCUUUUAUGCUCAGGAAACAUUCUUCUGGUAAUGUUAUUAGAUAUUUAGGUUUAGGCAAAUGGAUUAUUAUGGUCCAUGGAAAUGCCUAUUUUUCUUCUGUGUCUUUGUUCUACUGUUGUAUGUGGCUUUAUGUGGACAUCAACAAGGAUCUAAGAUUGGAAUGGACAACCCCAUUUGCGGCCUUCACAGAUGGGUCUGAAAUGUUUGGAUCUUUUCUGUGUUUUGGGGCAUUUGAAGGAAGGAAGUUUUAAGGGGUUUACAAAUUAGGUGUUUUAAAUCUUGCAUAUGCAUAAGGCAUCUUUUGCAUCCCUUAAUCCUGUUGGUCCCCAAAUAAUUUUCUGUUUGGGGUGGUUUAAUGGGCAAAAUAAAUACUUUAUUAGUUUCAGGUUUAAAGCACUAAUUUCAACCUCACCUGUCUUCCCAACUUCUUCCUCCCUGAAAAAUCUGGAAGGGUUGGUCCUGCCCACUCUAGUGAUUUGUGUCAUAAACCUUGCCCCCCAAAGCCGGGCAGAAAGUCACGGGGUAGCUCCCAUACUGAAAAAGUUGUUGUAUGAGAACUGAAACUCAAUACAAAAUACAAAAAUUUGUAUUUUGAGAUACAAAAAAUUGGUUUUUUUGGCCACUGUGAGGAAGAGAUUGUUAGGCUAGAUAACCUUUUGGUCUCAUGUAAAAGUCCCAUGUCUACCUUUUGGCUUAGUUAUUGACUACUGAGGUUUGGGAGUGGAUGUUAAAUCAGAAUAGAUACCAACAAAAGAAGGAACCUGCAGCAAUGUAGGCAGUAUUUCUCUAUUUCUAGAACUUGUAAAUAAUUACACAGUAUAUUGUUUCUCAUCACUAAUUUCAUGUUAAAGUGGCAAAAGUGAUUUUAACUAGUAAUGACUAAAUUGCAAGCAUUUUACAGUAAUGCACAAUAUAAAAAUAAGUUGAGAAGUAUAAAUAAGUUGCACUUAAAUGAAAUGAUUAACUUGUAAGAAACAUGUCUUAAAUGAGAGCUACUGUUGGCCAGUCUACUGAUUUUUUGUUGGUAGUUCUUCAAGGUAGCAUUAGUGCAAUAUAUUUUAUGGCUAUUCCAGUUGUACCAUAAUAUAUUAAAAACUUGCCUGUGUUAGAUGGGGAAUGACAUUUAAAGCAAGUAAUUGAAGCAUGCUCAAAUGCUAGUUUUGUCACACCAGUGUAAUUAUCCUAACUUCAUUGGAACUGUUGUUUAUAUGAUGUAGGUUACAGACUCACAGCAAAGAUAAUGCACUAUUUUAACCUCCUUGUUUUAGGAGAUUUGCUACUUUGUAUUUUCUCAUGUCAGUUUGCUACUUAACAUGAUGAAAGACAAAUUGAGGCAUAAAGUAUCACAUGAUACCCAAAAGAUAAAAGCAAACUCUCUAGUAGAAAGAAAAUGUAGCUGAGCCAAGUUUGAUAAGAUUCAGCUCUGGUUUUGAAAGCAGAUGCUUUAAUCCAGCAAUAAAUCAGCUUAUACUAUGUAUGCUAAAAAUGCAUGUGCACUAUACCUUUUGUAUAUUUGCUUCUUGUCCCAUGCAUGUAUAGAGUCCUGCUCAUUGCAACUGUCAGAUACAAGGAAUAUUCCUCUUAAAAUACAGCUGCAGGGAAUUAUUUUUCACAUGGCCGUUUUGGCAGUGAGCAUAAGAUGAAUUUAGUUCAUACUGAAUUUUUUUAAAGCCUUUCUCAGGAGAAAUUGCCUUUCUAUGGUGAUGGUGCCCAACUACAGGGAAGAAAAAUCUGUAUGUGCCAAGACAUGGAUUGCUUUUUCAUGAAUUAACAGAAUCAAGCAUUCAUAAAUGUUUGAAAGGCUAUAGAAUCAGAUAAUUUCAGUGUGAAAAAUAAUAAAGAGAAUGUGGAAGUCUAAUACUUCUGAGUGUUGUUCCCUGGAAAGCCAUUUAGAUACUAGUUUCUUGUAGCAGGGUCCCCUAUAUUUUGCUUACAUUAACUGCAUAAAGUGUCAUGUACAUUAAUAGUACAGUAUAAAUUAAGUAAAUUGAUUAAAUCAUCUUCAGUCCAUCUGAAUGACUCAGUUUGCUUUGCUUUACUAUCUCAAAUUUUUAUGAAGUGAUUCUCGUGCAGCUGAGGAAUUAGCUUUCAGGAUUGCCCACCUUGGAGAAGUGCGGCUGAGAAGCAAGCCAUACACAAACCAUGUGGUUAGCAUUACCAACCACAACUACUUUCCUGACAGUUCUAGGGUAAUCUUUCCAAGUUGAUAUCCUCUGGAUGUGUUUGGACUAUAGCAGUCAGAAUUUCCAGGUAGGGUACCCACAAUGAGAUAAGGUUAGUUUAGAUGGGUAAUUGUGGUCCCUGGUGUUCAAUAGGAUAAGAAGCCAAAAACCAAGUAUGAGAAAUGUGACUCUUCUGUUUUGAUCUAUACUAAUUUACCUGUGCAAACAAGGUAUUUUAAAAAUAGUAUACCAUUUUGUUGAGGCAUUAGCAAAAAGGAGGCAUUCUCUGCUCUGUGAAAUGCUUUCUGUUAUCAUCCCACAAGGGAUGCUUUCUUGUAUGUGACUGUUGAAACCUGGCAUGUUUUAAAUGCCCCUGUUUGACUAUAUUGCUGUGCUUGCCCUAAUAUUUCUGAUGGGAAAUUAUCUUUAUGAUUAUUUUUGUUAACAAUAAAGAUAUAAUAUUUAAAACUCA